UUGGAGUGACUGGAGUUUUCAUGAAACGUGCUUUUUGGUAACAUGUGGUGGUGACGUAGAACAUCGCCUCACUAUCAGGUGAGUUAUUUUCUCUCCCGAGGCAGAAAAACAAUGGUUGGCAUGAGUGAAGUGGAAGGGUCCGGUGUUUUGGAAGUUUCGAUUUAUUUCUUACCAUAAUUGUGCCCACAUUGAUGUGAAUAACUGCAACAAAUAGUUUUGCAACAAUAGCAAAGGUUAAAAUCAAAUGAAUCAUGUAAGAAGUCUGGCAAUUUAAGAGAAGAUGGAGAAGUAUCAGCAGACAGCAUCUUCAAUUUUUGGCAGCUUUAAAAAUGCCGUUCUUGGAAAUCCAGUUACAAGAGAGUAUCAAAUUGGCAAGCAAGUUGCAAGCUUUGGUCCAGGCUUGUGCUGGAAAGUAUUUGAAGGGAAGAAAAAGACAACUGGGCAGGAAGUCUCAGUUUUUGUUUUGGAAAAGAAGUUGAUUGAUAGCUAUGACAAAAGAGAACGGGACCCAAUUACUGAGAUGUUCAGAAAAGGUCCUCAGCAACUUGCAAAACUGAGGCAUCCAAGACUUUUGACCAUUCAGCACACAAUAGAGGAGUCGAGAGAUUCGCUUGCAUUUGCAACUGAGCCAGUUUUUGCAAGCUUAGCAAAUGCUCUUGGCAAACAUGAGAUGCUUCCACAACAGGCCAUCGAAGAGCUGCGUACUUAUGAACUGUUUGAUGUUGAGAAGGUUUAUGGUCUGCUACAGGUCGCAGAAGGGCUUGCUUUCUUGCACAAUGAUGUCAAGCUGCUAGAGGGCGACCUCACACCAAGCAAUAUUGUCAUAACAAAGGAUGGGCAAUGGAAGUUGGCUGGGUUCAGUUUUUCAUUGCCUUCAGAGCAAGGUGCCAGUCAAGCCUUCAACUGGGAAUGUCGUUUGCCAGUAAUUGCCAAACCAGAAUUGAACUACUUAGCUCCUGAAUACCUGCUUAGCCAGUCUUGCGAGCGUGCUAGCGAUAUGUUCUCCUUUGGUUGCUUAAUCAAUGCAGUUUACAACCGACUAAAGACACCUUUCGAUGCUUGUAACAGCGUGGAAGCAUAUAAAAAGUGCAUUGAACAGUUUUGUAGACUUGGGAGUGAUUAUAUGAAGGAAAUUCCAGUUGUCGUACGAGACCACGUGAAGUCACUGUUAAAUAUUGCACCUGGCGUUAGACCAGAUGCUAACCAAACUAUCAAGCAUGUAUUUUUUGAUGAUGUUGCUGCAAUGACCCUGAAGUAUUUGCAUACACUUGUGCAGCGUGAUGAUAUGACCAAGUCACAAUUUUUCAAAAGUUUGCAUCGAGUUCUUUCAAAGCUCCCGAAGAGGGUACUUCAUCAAAGAGUUCUUCCUCAUCUAUUCUUGGAAUUUCCAAACCACCCCAUGAUUCCAUUCGUGCUACCAAAUGUGUUGCUUAUUGCUGAAAACUGUACGGACAAAGAGUAUGUCGAUCUGAUACUACCAGAGCUGAAGAAAAUAUUUCCGGUUCAAGAGCCAGUUCAGGUCUUACUUAUAUUUAUGCAAAAGAUGGAGCUGCUGCUUAAAAAGACACCUCAAGAUGAAGUCAAGAACUCUGUCCUUCCCAUGGUCUUUAGGGCUCUUGAAUCUUCGUCGUCGCAGAUUCAGGAAUUGGUUUUAAGUAUAAUCCCGAAUUUCGCUCAUAUGAUUGACUACGCGUCUCUGAAGCAUUCCAUUAUUCCAAGAGUGAAAAACCUCGUUCUGAAGACAUCAGUGCUGUCGGUGCGAGUGAAUGCCCUGGUAUGCAUCGGCAAGAUCAUCGAAUACCUCGACAAGUUUCUCAUGAUCGAUGACAUAUUUCCAGUUCUACCUCAAAUACCAUCAAAAGAACCUGCAGUUCUCAUGGCCAUAUUAGGCAUAUACAAGAAGACGUUGGGGCACAAGAAGAUGAACAUCGAGACAGAUUACCUUGCGACAAAAGUCAUUCCGUUUCUGCUUCCAUUGGCAGUUGAUGCAGGCCUAAAUGUCACCCAGUUCAACAACUUCAUGUCAGUAAUCCGGGAGAUGCUAGAUCGGAUUGACCAAGAGCACAGAACGAAGUUGGAACAACUUAGCAAAAUGCAAGAGCAGCAAAAAUCGGCACUCGAAUUUUCAAAGGCUGUAGAGGAAUCACGUGAUAUGCAAGAAAUGCUUGAUAAAGUGGAUAAACUUGUCCUCGGCAGUCCUGAUAAAGCUUCAAGCACAUCAAAUGCCUCAGAGUUUUCUAAAGUCUUUGGAAUUAUGACUGAAGAUUCUCCACGUGGAAAAAAGCAAUCAUCUGAGUUGCUAAUGGAUGUCAAAGAGGACAAGAAAAAACCAUCGACCAACCAAACGGCCAUAACUUCGAUGAUCUCGAACAGGCCGACGCCGAGUGGCGUAGAACAAUUUCAACCACUUCCAUUCACCUCAAUGCCCGUAGAAUCGUCCAAUAAAACAAACAUAGCCGGUGGCUCGAAAACCCGGACUGCACCGAACACGCAGUCGUAUACAUCAAGCAGACCAGAGUCAGACAGUCUAUUGCCGAAGCGGACUACGGUUCCUUCCAGCAGCAGCUCAGUGCUACAGCCACAGAAAUCGUCAUUUCCUGCAACAAGCUGGUCGAAUGCAGCCUCAUUAGAUUCUUUAAUGAUGAAAAAUGUGGGGAUUCACUCAACAUCGGCAACCAGUAAAACAACCACUAAUUACCAAGGAGGAUAUGGCAACAGCCAGUUUAACUCUGGAAUUGGGAUGAGUAGCAUGUCUUUUGCUGGAACAGGUCUAAACACAAUGGGCCAGAACACGAUGAGUCAACAGCCGAUUCCAACACAAAUGUCAUCUUCAAAUUCGAAUCUGGAUCCUUUUAGUCAAAUUUCAACUGCGUCAAGUAGCCAACAAGAUUUUCCCGGCUCAAUGAUGAAUUUUGACGGCCACAAAAUACAAGGCCAAAGUCAAAACAUGCCAAGCAGUAUGCAUCAAACACAGGGUUUGCUGGGAGGGAUGUAUAACAAUACACCUUUAUCGAGUCAACCGCAUAAUGGAAUGACGUAUUCGAUGCAUGGACAGUCUUUCCACACAGCUUCAAGUCAGAAUUCGUCAGGGAUGCUUCUCCCUCAGAAAAUGGACAAUAAAGAUAAACGGAACAGCCAGCAAACUAGUCUAUUAGGGAGCAACAGCGAAUUCCAAGAUUUGUUAAUUUGAAUCUUUUAAUUGCCCUUCUAGUAAUUUUUGGUGUAGUUUAAAGAAUUUUAGGUUAAUAUUUUCUCUAGAGAUGAAAUACUACCAAAUAUAUGUGGAAAGUAAUGUAUUUUUGGAUGGGGUAGGGAUGUGAUGAAGUGGGGGAGGGGCUGGUCAAUGGCUACGAAAGAGCCAAGUUUAAUGGACUCUUAUUCAAUGAUUCUGGCUUAUGGAUAAUGAUGCUUUACUUCAUUAUUAAACUACGCAUGACCAAAGUUGAAUGGACUUUUGUCAGUUCUUUGUGAUUCUGUGAAUCUGGUUGUUUUACUGAAAAAAUGGAUCUAAAGUCCCCUUCGACAACAUGCAAGAGUCGAAGGCAAGAAGGUUUAUUAAUGUUUACAGUGCUCCAUGAGAGUAAAUUCGAAAACGCAAGGUAUAUCAAAGAAGUUUAGACUCGUGGCGUGGCUUCCGGAGUUAAAUAACGCAACCACCCGUAAAUGUAAACCAUUGCAAAUAUAAUAUCUGAUAUCCCUAUUUUAAGAUAGCAGCCUGUCAGUUUAUGGAAUUGUUAUAAAAUUCAAAAACUGCAUAUAGUUGAAUUUUCAGUCUUAUAUUAGAGCAAGAUCGUGGGUUAUUCUGUCAUCGUAUUGUUCGAUAUAUUUGUAGGAAAUAUUAGGUUCGGUGUAACUUUGAGUUGCAAAAUUAUUUAUUUUGAUUGCAAAUUGAAAUCUGAUGAUUAUGAAAAU